AUGGAGACCACAGAAAAGCCAACGGAGCCUCAAAAGAUUGCAAACAAAAAGAGGGGAACCGCGACUGUCAAGAAAACGCCAAAGAGACUCAAGGGAAGCGGCCCCUCAAAGAGUGCAAAGACUAAGAAGCAGUCGGACACCGCCUCCACCACCCAGGACGAACCUGACCAUGACCAUAAUACGGAGGAGCUGGAUGAAUCUGACAAUGGCCCCUACUGCAUCUGCCGCGGGCCAGACGACCACAGAUUCAUGAUAGCAUGCGAUAUUUGUGAGGACUGGUUUCACGGAGAGUGUGUCGGCAUUGACAAGGACGUGGGUGAGAACCUCAUCCACAGAUUUGUCUGCCCCAACUGCAGGGACGAGAGCAAGAAGAUCGUCUCUAUUUUCAAGCUCAAGUGCAGCUUACCCUCCUGCAAAAAGGCCAUCAGGAAGGACGAGGCUGGCCAGGCGACGGCUUUCUGCUCCGAAGAGCACAGCCAGCUGUGGUGGGAGAUGAUGAUCGCAGCGGCGCCUAAGCCCAAGAGGAAGGCCAAGGAUCCCCGCGAACUCGAGGGUCAGUCUGAGUUGAUCGCCGUCUUGAAUAGUAGUCUCGCCGGCGUCGGCCCAGACGGCAAGUUCAGGAUCAGCACCAAGCCCUUCACCACACCAGCUACUGGAGUUGAGAGUUCUGAUACAAAGGGUAAGGCUCUCGCCCCCGGCAUCCUGACGGAGGAGGAGGAGGCCAUCCUCAAGGCCUCCGCCGCCGACCGCUACAGCAUGGGCGAGCAGACGGUGCUCUGCACGAAGAUGCUGCAGCUCCUGGACAUGGCUAACGAUCGGCGGAAGGAGCUCAUCGCGGCCAAGCAGCUUGAGGACGCCGCGUGCGGGUACGACUUCCGGCUCGACCAGGUCGGCGUCGUGGGGCCGUUCGCGCACUGGCUCGAGACGGACGAGUCGGCCAAGAAGAUCUUCAAGACGGGCAAGCUGGACGCCGGCAGCCGCCUGACGGGCGACGACCGGAACAUCUGCGACAAGAAGCGCUGCAAGACGCACUCGGGCUGGUUCUCCAUGCACACUAGGGACGUGAAGCACCUGCAGAAGCUGCUGGCGGACGACGCGAACAAGAUGCUCGAGCGGGAGCGGCUGAUCAAGGACGCGGCGGUGGAGAGGAAGCUGCGCAAGGAGGCGGAGCGUAGUACUGUGCGCAGUUUCCUUGACGAUGGUUCGAUGGGCCCGGCUGAAGUGAUGUGA